UUAUCUUGUUUUAGUAUUUUCCACAUCAUCAGAAGCCAUGCCAAGAAACUUUGAAACCCAAAAGAAAAUGAAAAAAGUCCCCUGUAAUUCAGGUAACUGCCCUCCAUAACAAGCAAGCUCAAUAAAUAAAAACUGCAACUUGCUUUACGAAGAAAGCAAUUUGUUACCAAUCCCAAUCCCCCAUUUUCAUAUUGAUGGCAAAGUUACAGUAGCCCGUGAUUGAGCGCACAUCAGGGACCUUAAAAUCAUCGUAAGUCAAGUUUUUAUCUUAUGACUCAUCAUAUGACUGUUAGCUGAGAAGACUACCAAUACAAACGAGUCUGCAUUGACUUGUAGUUUCGUUUAAACCCUUCUCAUGAUCUUUCCAAACAAAACGACAUGUCUCUGCAAUUCCACUCACUCUGUUAUCUAAUAAACUAUCAUGCGGAUUCACCAUGGAUGAACCUUUUCUCUCCAAAGAAGAAGGAACCAGUGCUUUACAACCAAUCAAGAGAGAUUUCCCACCUCCCUGUCUUGACCUUGGCCCUCCAAAGCGCCAAUCAACUAAUCGUCUUAUCACCAAUGAUACUAUUAUUCCGAUUAUCACAACUCCAAAGACUCCCUCUUAUGCUAACCUCAUCGCAAAUUUGAACAAGAAAAAACUUACUCGCCGCUCUCACUCUGCUCCUUCUGUACUCAGUGAAGUUAAGGAAACUUUCACUGACUCCUUAGACCCUCGCCCGCCCCCUAAAUCCACUCCUUUGAUUGUUAAGCAGGCUUUUUUUGGUUUGAUUAUAUAUAUAAUUCUGGGUAUUGUAGUAUUUUUGGUUAGUGGAAAAUAUAAAGGCACGGUGACAUCAAAGCCAGUGGAUGCCUUGUACUUUAUGGUAGUUACUCUUUGCACAAUUGGGUAUGGUGAUAUUAUUCCAGAUUCAACUUUCACCAAGCUUUUUACUUGUGUUUUUAUUUUGGUUGGAUUUGGGUUCAUUGAUAUUCUAUUACAUGGGUUGGUCACAUACAUUUGUGAUAGGCAAGAAGCAGUUUUGUUAAGCACAGUGGAUGAGAAUCGAUUCAAUGCAAUGGUUACAACAUACAUGAUCGAUAAAGAAAAAGGAAGAAUGAGAAUAAGAAUCAAGGUGUGUUUGGCCUUGAUAGUUGUGGUUAGUUGCAUUGCCAUAGGGACAGUUACAGUGCAUUUUCUGGAGAAGUUGAGCUGGGUUGAUAGUUUUUAUCUCUCUGUUACAUCGGUGACAACCGUGGGCUAUGGGGACUUUGCCUUUACCACGUUAACAGGAAGGUGUUUUGCUAUUGUUUGGUUACUAGUAAGCACAUUGGCUGUUGCUAGAGCUUUUCUCUACUUAGCUGAGUUCAGGAUUGACAAGAGAAAUAGAAGAAUUGCGAAAUGGGUUCUUCAGAAGAAGAUGACCCUGGGGGAUUUAGUAGCUGCGGACCUUGAUAACGACGGAUCCAUCAGUAAAUCGGAAUUUGUGAUAUACAAGCUUAAGGAGAUGGGAAAGAUAGCAGAGAAAGACAUCAUGCAGAUAUGCAACCAAUUUGAUAUGAUAGACAGUGGCAAAUGUGGCAAAAUUACUCUUGCAGAUCUCAUGGAGAGUGACUGAACCAAAUGGUGUUUCACUCAAGUUUCAGAUUUUGCCCUGUACAGACGUAGAAAUCAAGAGAACAAAUCAUUAUUAUUCUUUUAUAUACAACGGCCUCAGCCAUAUUGUCAUGGGCCAUUGCCUCCCACAAGCAGACAACUACUAUUCAGCUGGCUACGAUAAUGGGGGGCUAUUCUUUGCAUAUAUUAUUUUGUUCAACAAAUGGAAACUCAGUAGGCUUAGUUUUGAGCUAUCAGUUACCAUUUCAUCGUUUUUUAAAUGUAUAUGUACCACUCUCAGAAUCUAGAAUGCAUUCAUAAUCAUUGAGAAACAGUUCUAAAUUACA